AUUCUAGCCCUUAGAUUUUCAUCUACUACAUAAUAUUCAAACCUGCGGAAAUUAACGAAAUAAUCAGCGUUUCACUUUAUUCGAAGGAAAAUCAUUGAUUUGCAUAUUCAACCAUGGCGCAGCAAACCGAACGAGUCAAACUUCUCCGCGCAUUAAUCCAGGGUCAGAUACCAAAACCCGAAUACGUUGCGGCAGGUCGAGCAGCAGCUCAAGCAAUUUUACUAAGCUUGCAACAACGAAAAGAGUUAUCCGUGGCGGAGUUCCGCUUUGCGGGCAGCAUUGCGAAGGGGACGUCCCUUAACGGCUCUGAUUUUGACUUGGUCGUCUUUCUCAACGAUGAAAAGCCACCUUUCUCUCCAGCCGUGAUUGACGCAUUUCACAAGGCCGUCCAACAAGCCAGGGUGCCCGGUGGGGUGAUCCACUUCCGGGGAAAGAACAACAUGCUGGUGAAGGCGUCCGCACAUAUUGGGUCCUUUGAUUUAGAAUUGGACGUUAACAUCGCUCCAGUUCUGGUUUCCGGCGUCAACAGCGGACAAACCCAAGUGACCCGGGUAGCCGUGGGGAUGCAGGAAAGGGGGAUUGUCUCAGUGCGUGAGAUCAGCCCGGUUUUUACUGAGGCUACGAUUCAAUUCUUUCGAGAUGUGACGCCACAGAUGCUGGAUGCAAUUCGCGUCGCCAAGUAUUGGAACAGCAAGGUAAAUCUGUACGACGCUAAAAUCCAUGGGGGCUCCUUCAUCAUUGAGCUGGUGACACUUGAGGCGAAUCGUAUCUCCGAGGGGACGGAUUUGGAAGACAGAUUUGUCAAGUUUUUGCAAGCAAUGGAAAAUUUGGCGCAGCAGAAAAUAAUUUUGACAAAGGAGUACAAUGAACAAGAUAUUCCAGCACGUGUCCUGUCCUAGCGUCCACUUAUCAUGGAUCCGGCCAAUCCUUGGGAUAAUUUGGGGGAACAGUUUCAAUACGGACAACCUGCCUACAAUGCUUUGCAUUAUUACGGACAAGCUGCAAAUUCGACUCUGCAGAAAAUUGUGAAAGGACGGAACGGUUGGGAUUCUAAUUAUCAAAAUCCUGUGAAUUGGUUUUAAAAUGUGAUUUUGUUAACCCUUUUUGAGGAUUAAGUAAAUAAAUAAAUAUGGUCUGUGCUCUUGAUUAA